CUCUCGGGAAAGGGCGGCGGCGGAGGAGGCUUCGUUUCCCCCCGGACGCGAGUAACAGGCGGGGUCGAGCCGGAAUCCCCCCCGCAGCUAGAUGCGCUGCCGCGCGCGGAGCAAACACUCGCCUUCAGCCAGAGCCGGGCUGCCACAUGGCAGCUCCCCGCUUCCUCAGUCCAGGGUUUGGGUUCAGGCCCAUCUCUGAUGUACAGGAACACAAAUGACCCCAUCGGGGUUGGGAUCGCAGUCUUGGCUGUUGCUACUCGAGUAAUGUUACCUGCUCUAGGUGACUCCGCGCUGGAGGGGGCCAGGUCCCCCAGCUGGCGGAAGGCGGGAAUUACAAGCGGCGCCCGGCCGCCCCCGGGACUCAACCAGACUUUAUCAGCCCCUGCGCAUCUGGGCGCCGCCUGCCCGCUUCAGAGCGCCCUGUGCCUUGCUCCGGACAGCCAGACGUUCUGCUCCUCUCGCCAGCAAGCGGGGACGUGGGUGGCCAUGCUGCACUGGGGAUACGACGAGCACAACGACAAGCAUCCAAUCUUGAUUGCCAGUGAUGGAGAGUCCACCACAAUCUUUGGACCUGCUCGCUGGAAAGAGGUUUUCCCUGUCGCUAAUGGAGACCGUCAAUCCCCCAUUGACAUCAAAACUGAAGAAACCAAAUAUGACCCUGCUCUACCUCCUAUUAGCCCCAACUAUGAUCCAACUUCUGCUAAAGUCAUCCUCAACAAUGGACACUCCACCAGUGUAGAAUUUGAUGACACAGAAAAUAAAUCAGUGCUGAGAGGGGGACCACUCACUGGAAGCUAUAGGCUGCGCCAAAUUCACUUUCAUUGGGGGGCCAGCGAUGACAUUGGCUCUGAGCAUGCAGUGGAUGGAAAGAAGUAUGCAGCGGAGCUUCAUGUGGUUCACUGGAACUCGGACAAAUAUUCCACUUUUGUUGAGGCUGCUCGGCAGCGGGAUGGAUUAGCUGUCAUGGCAGUAUUUCUAAAGAUUGGUGAAUGUAACUCUCAGCUGAAGAAAAUUACUGACCGUUUGGAUACCAUUAGAGCCAAGGGUAAACAAGCACUGUUCACAAACUUUGACCCUUCCUGUUUGCUUCCUCACUCUCUGGACUACUGGACUUAUCUUGGCUCUCUUACUGUUCCACCUCUUCUUGAAAGUGUCAUCUGGAUAAUUCUCAGAGAGCCUAUAAGUGUUUCCUCUGAGCAGCUAGCCAAAUUCCGCAGCCUUCUGUGUACUGCUGAGGGAGAGGCAGCCUGCUGCAUGCUGAGAAACUACCGGCCACCACAGCCUUUAAAGGGACGGGAAGUCAGAAGGAAUUAAGGAGUAAAGCAAGAAUCAGCCACUGCUGAGACCACUUAGGAGGCUGAAUUAGUUUUUUAAUAAUAAUAUGCUUUGUGCCUAACGAAUAGGUAUUAUUUUAUUAUUCAGUUUCAAUGCAGUAAUUUCAUCAAGACAAAGAUGUCCUGACUUGUAGCACUUGGGCCGAUUUUAACUGGUUUGAAUGGGUUUUGCCCCAACUGGUACGUGUGCAUUGUGGUGUUAGUGUUUGCAGCAGAGCUUUCUGAACAACUUCGUUUCAGUCUGUGCACGUGAAUACAAUCAUUUAUAUUGAGUCUGAUCCUGCAAAGCGCUGAGCAACUCCUGCAAGGUACUGGGCACCCGCAACUCCCUUUCAUGUCAGUUGCAGUUGAGGCUACAUAGCCCCCUAAAGGGCUAAGCCCAUUUUUUUAACACCAUAAAUCUUUCUUUAGGGACUAGACUGGCUUCUUCCUUUAAUUUUCAAGGAGAACUUAGUAUUUUAAAGCUGGUAGGAUUCCAUUACUGAUCAUAAGCAAAGGGAUCCUGUUUAAGCUGGGACGCCAUGAUAGAUUUACCAAAAAACAUAGUAUCCACUAAUGACAUUUAACCCAUAAAGUAUACAAAUGUAUUCACAGGCGUCGACUUCCUGCAGGGCCCUCCCCACCCCCACCUCACCCCUUCCCCCAAGCCUUGUCCUGCCUCUCCCCGUCCCCGCUCCACCUCUUCCCACUCAGUUCUGCCCCCUCCAUUGACUGUGCCCCAUCCCCGCUCUUCCCUGCUCCUCCAGCACCUCCUGCAUGCUGUGGAACAGCUGAUUGCGGCAGGUGGGAGGCGCUGGGAGGAAGGGCCUGGAGUUGAUCAGUGGAACACCAGCAGAUGGGAGGCACUGGGGGGAAGGGAGGGAGCUGGCUGCUGGUGGGUGCAGUGCACCCACUAAUUAUUUUCCAUGGGUGUUGUGGCCCUGGAGCACUCAUGGAGUUAGCCAAUUUUCUUCUUUUUUUUUUAAUGAACUAGCUGUAGCCCUCAAAAUAUGAAAAUUAUGACCCAAACUCUCCCUUCUGCUUCUGCAAGCAAAGGGAACUGAAAUCUCAGUAGCUCUUUCCUCUCAAUCUUUUUCCUUCAGCACUUCUCCACUGGUCUUCUGCGGAGCUGGUGCCAUGCCUUGUUUUGAGAACAGAGCUGGAUGUUGAUGGGAGUGGAGCAAAGGACCAGCCACUCUCUACAGCAACUUCCCUGUUGAGCCUGUGGAUUUCUGCUCAAAAAUCCAAUCAGGAUUUAAUGCCACAUGAAGUGGUAGUAACUCCCCCUGACUCUCUCUGGGGCUGUAACCGUGAAGCCAAGGGAGAAUCAGCUAGUGGCCACACAACUCGUGCAGGAGUGGGAGGAAGUAUCAGAGCAGCCACAUGGAGGGAAAGCCACCCUUCCAUGCAACUGAGUAUUUCUUUCUCCAGGAUGCCUAGGACUGUUGGUUUUGUAGGCUGCACCUCUUGCCUUCUCCAUUGGUACGGUGACCCAUCCUCCAGGAGGGAAAAAUUGAGGGGAUACCAUACAAGCAAGGCCAACCUUGCAGAGAUUCCCGAGUCCCUCAUAUUCUUCUAUAAGUAAAUAGAUUGUUUAGCUUAGUUUAGAUGAUAGAUAGAUAGAUAGAUAGAUAGAUAGAUAGAUAGAUAGAUAGAUAGAUAGAUAGAUAAAGUAAGUCUUAUUGUCCUCUCCUCCACUCCAGUAGAGUGCUUCUUCUCAGGGGGAGCUUAAGUUGCUUCUGUUACUGCAGAUCCUCUCAUUGCAAUACAGUAUUUUGAGCAGUGAGAAAAAGAAAACUGUCCAUGGAAGAAGCAAUAGAGGCAAUGCAGCAACAGGAGCUGUGGACAAGAAUGGCCAAAUGUAAAACCUGCAGGCACUUUUUUUUCAGUCCCCGCUAACCAGGAUAGGCAGGAGGACCCAGGUAGAUAUAAAAAAAGUGAGUGUGGUCUUGUUCAAAUGACAAGUAUGUGUGUAGAGUAUAAUUGCUGGCGCGUGUGUUUUUUCCCUUUCUUUUUUGACCUGAUGUUGCAUCUGGUCUGUUUCCCUGUCGUGCGAGUAGCUGCAGAAUGUCAUGAAUGAAGUUUACACAUUGUGUAAAGGGCGCUAAAGAACUGAUUUGCCUGAGGACAGGAAUAAUGAGGCUACUGCUGUGUGUGUUCAUAUUAGAAAUAAAAAAAUUUUAGCUGUUUUUCCUGCAUUGAAAAUAAAUAGUGGAGUCGAUACAGUGGUUUGAUAUUUGUAAGGAUUUUAUCAAAUAAAAACAGAUGUUGUCAA